ACAUGUUGUAUUAAAACCAUCUAGUGUAGUACUACAGAACUUCUGAUCAAACGGAGCAAGAAUAGUGAAUUGAGCAGAAUAACAUGAAUUUAUUUUAUUUCUUUGGGUUAUCAUUAGCUGCUUACAACUUAUAAUUUCUCAAAAUAACAAUUAUUAGAAAUUCAAACUAUUUAUAACAGUAGAAUUGAAUAUGUAUCAUCAUGGUUGAUUAGCGAUUCGAAUAAAUGUUAUGAGAUUGGAGAAAUAUGAUGAGUGUUGUACACAAAUAUAUGUGAGAGAAGAUUUUGAAUCAUCAGUGACAAGACAUCAUAGAACUAGAACAAUGAAUUGAUUAUGUGUUGAAGUAACUGAACACAAAUUGACAGCAAUUAGGAAUAGUACGAGUUGAGAUCAGUCAUUCAAAAGUGACGGAAGUGGUGCAAUUAAAACUAGAAGAAUUGGGACAGUGAUGUAAUAACCUGACGAUGAAGCCACUAUACUAAGGAGAGAUUUGUUACUGUUUACUUAUGGCUUAAGAAUUUUGAUGACUAAUGUGAUGCCGUACAAUGACCCAAUAAAUGUAGAUGACUUUAAGCAACCAAUACGCAGCAAGGACGAGAAAGACUGAUACUCUUUGCCUCAAGGUUGGCCCAUGCUAACUAGCCCCGAACAAAGAACUGAAGACUAAUGUUCACGACUCCAAGAUCGUUAUUUAAUUCCAGAUAUUCAUUUGUAUACAUAUAAGACCAGAAUACGCAGCAGACCAGUUGGGUUACAGUAUUAACACGGAACAGCAGCACUAAUGAUGGGAAAACGGAAUACUAGGUGCACAAAUGAUCGGUCCUAGUUUAUGAGUGGAAAAUGCUAUGGCAGCAAAUUACGGCUCAACUAAAAGUUUAUAUUUAGGAUAAUAAGGAAAUAAUAAAGCAAAAAUACCUAAUAAACAUGCAGUCAAUAUAUUUUCUACCUCAUAGUUAAGCUGUCUUCAACAACAACUACGGCUCAGAUGGUGUUAAGAAAAAUAGAGUUUGAUUAUCGAUUGAUGACUGAGAUAUCGCAAUAUAUCAACGUGAUGUCCUGUAUCAAAGAGAUGUCUCGAAAUGGCAUUGCUUAAAGCCGUUAGUAUCACUGAGCUAUUGCUUUAUGAAAUAUGUUCUUAGAGUUAAAAAGGGUCUUUUUUCUGUCGUAUCAAUUCAUUUGGUUUCACAGACACGUGUGUGUUUCCGUAUUUGACAGUAACAUGGAUGGAGUACCUGUCAGACUUUGGACGCAGUAAAAGACAUAUUGUUUUGUACAAGAUAAUCAGCUUGGCUACAAAAAGCAUGCUGUUCACUAUGGCUUUUUUUCGACUUACUGUUGCGGUUACAUUGUCACCAUUGAAAUUUAAAAUGGACAAAAGUAGAUAUCUUCUUGACUGUGGUUUCUUAAAGUCAUUUUUUUAAAUACUGGGUGUAUUCCCCUGAUAUUGCCAUUUAACUAUAAGUUUACGUUACAUCACACAACCAAUUUGUUGAAAGAAACUAAUUCCCCUAACUUCACAUUAUAGUGUUUUGUACAGAAUAACAUGACAGAAAAAUACUAAAUGGGAGUGAUUUUUAUCAUUUCUCUUCAUUCCUUGCCAUAGUAGUUAUUGUUUGUAGGAUUUUAAAAAAGCAUGUAUCAUCUCUACUUGUGUUUAUCAAUCAUUUACGAGUUUAAGCAUUCGUACCAUUCAUACUGAAUAUAAGGUCGUUAUGAAAGUAGCAAAUUAUGUCAGUAACAUCGUACAGUAUGUAGUGCUGUCUCAUCACGAUUCUUAUGUAAUAAACUUUCAUCUAACUAUACUCUAACAAACAAUCUAAUCAAUUUAUUACAACUGACUGACCAUAGAUGAAUCUAUUCACUAUAAUAUGUAUCUAGAAAUAGAUUUUGUACAUGAAUUCAACAGUUAUUCAAUUCUUUAUCUUGUUUUUAAUUUGUGUAGAACUAACCUAACAUCAAAUAUGAAUUUAGAAUGAUCAAGAUGAUCUUCAAUUUUGUAAAUGAUUUAAAGAACUACUCUCAAGUAGUGUAAAAUUUAAAACAAAACAUUUUCGAUCAGAUUCUUUUCUUCAUGUGUUAUUUCAACUGGCAAUCGAUAGAAAAUAACUAAUGAUAUGUCUGAUUAUUUUUCAUCUAUGACAGCCAAAACUGGUGAAACAUCUAGGAGUAUUCACACUGACAAUUAUUUGUCAUACCGAACUAGUUGUGAAUAUAUUGGCAAGUGUUUGUAUUUUUCUAUUGUUGAUAUUCACGACUCCGGUUGAUUAUCUUCUGUUAGUAUAAGCUCAUUGAUUCAGGAUAUCUUCGAUAUAUAUACAGGGGAUGAAACGUAUAUCAUGGAUUACGAUGUUAGAUACCUACCCAGUCACCUACAAGCAUUUUUAAGCAUAGAUGGAUAGUGUCCAGUAGUGGAAUCUAAGACACGUAACUCGUCCUUUUUUGAGCUUGUCACAUUGAUUUACCUGAUCUCAUCAUUGGUUUCCACUCCGGGAUUCCGAGUAGCUUGAUAAAAAAAGUACUGGGAUGAGCAUCUACAUGGAUGCCAGCGUAUCUGACUGACAAGUCUCAAACAGAACAAAAUGCUCAUCUUGGAUUCCACUUUCAGCCACUGUCCAUUUCUCCUCAUAAAUAUUUCCAAAAAUAUUUAUAUUAUAAAACGUAGGGUUAUAAACUCUUUAACAUUAAUAAGACUAGUGUUUACCUGAUUUUGGAAAUCUGUGGAAGAGUUGGUUAAAAUCUUCACUUUUCAAAACACUGGUUAUUUCUUCACGUCACAUCAAAAUUUAAUAUACUAUUUACAUAAUGCCUGAAUCACCUCAUUUUCAUGAUGUUUGCCAGAAAAAGAAUGUAUUCGUUUUAUCAACCAGACAUUCAUUUCUACCAAUAAAUUGCAAACCAUUAAUUACAGUCACAGAAAUUAUUGGUUCCGAACUUCGCUUACAUUUCUUUUUACUUCAUUUAAACGAUUGUGUAGACAUUUCCAGCAACAAACCGAUACCUUGGAUCGUUAAAAUCAAUCUUUAUUCAUACUGUAAAGCAAAAAAGUUAUCAUCAGAAAUAAGUGAUUAUGUAUUUGCCUUACAUGUGAAUUUCAGAGCAAACAUUGAAUUUAUGACAUUGAAUUCAGUAUUUUCAGCUGACGAUAUCUGA